CAGUUCACUUGGUUCAAGUGUGGAGGGAUGUCAAUAGGGCUAAGUUGGGCUCAUGUCCUCGGAGAUGCAUUUUCAGCUUCAAAUUUCCUUAAUAUGUGGGCACAAAUCAUGGAUGGUCAACCUUCACCUCAAUUUCUUGACAAGUCAACAAGAACCAACAAAUUGAUCAAGAACCCAAUAUUAUCUACAGUUAAAAAGUUGCCAUUUUCCCUAAAGAGAGUUGAUCCAAUUGGUGAUCAUUGGAAACUCACCAACACUUGCAAAAUGCAAUCACAUUCUUUUCAUAUCACACAAAAGAAACUAAACCAACUCGUCUCCAAUGUUUGUGGAACUAAAGUGAAGCCUUUUGACGUUAUUUGUGCUACAAUUUGGAAAUUUUUGGCUAAUGUAAGGAGGGAAUAUUCAUCAGAGCCCAAGAUUGUGACAAUUAUACUUAGGGACGACAACUCUUGUGACAGAGUAACAACUGAAGUAUCGAGCAACAGUCAAGUGAUGAUUAGCAUAGUUGAAGCAAGUGACAUCAAAGUUUUCGAGGCUGAUACAUCAGAAUUGGCAGAGUUGAUAGCUGAAAAGACGGAGGACGAGACUAGAGUUGUCGAAGAAUUAAUGAAAAAAGAAAAUGGUGUUUCAGACUUUGUUGUGUAUGGGGCAAAUCUCACAUUUGUGAAUCUUGAAGAGUUAAGGAUUUAUGAUUUGGAGCUUAGGGGUAAAAAACCAAGUUUUGCAAGUUAUAACAUAAGUGGAGUUGGUGAUGAAGGUGUUGUUUUGGUAUUGCCAGGGCCUAAAGGUUUGAAUAGAAAAGAAGGUGGAAAGAUAGUGAAUGUGAAUUUGCCUAAAGGUCAAAUUGAAGGGUUGAAAAAUGAGAUGAGAAAGGAAUUAGGUAUUUUUUGAAAUUAAUUUGAAGAAAGGA